AACAAACGCGACAGAAUUGUUUAGCAGGCUAAAAUUAACAAUAUACUACGCCGUAAUUUAACGCGAUCUCACUGAGAGAAUUUCAUCUAAUUUUACUUAAAAUUGAAGGAAAAGGCCUUGUUACCUUGGAGUGCUUGCAGGCAGUCAGACAACUGAUGUGACUUCGUUCAUUCAUUGAUAUUUCUGUCGCCGCGGCAUUACAAAGGUAAGCGCGUGCUUGCUUCUCACCAUCAACAAGCUACUGAAUGUUUAUCUUAGUUAGAUUUCUAAUUUCAGAAAAAUCACAAUGCACUGGAAUCUCGACAAAAACAGCAAAUGUUCAAAUGGAAUUUAGAAGACCUUUUAAGCGAUUUCCUGGUGUUUGAUAUCUCGCAAUCGCAAGUGAAAUUGCCAUUUUUAUUGUUGUUUACACGAAGGACUCUUUUGUUGUUGUUUAUGGCGUGGCGACUCGAGAAUAGUAAAGUUUUGGUGAACAUUUUCUCAGAUAACGUAAGUUACAUCAAUCAUGGAGACUAUCCUUAAAUCUCUGUUGAACUCUUUCGCUAGUUUUCUGUACUUUACCAAAGAUAUUUUCCUAUUCACGGAACUGUUCUCGUUAUUGACUCAAAUAAAUUUAUUCAAAUCUUGCCCAUAUGGCAUAUGAAUCGAUCAGCGCGGUUUUCUUUUCCUCAAGUUCGAGGACUCGACUGCUUUUGUUGUAAAGAAAAACUUAUCGUUAUUGGGAGUUAGAAUCAUACUCAAUGGCGAAAAGUUCGACAAGUUUUUCAGGAGCCGUAAUAAAAUUGAAAUCUGCAUUAAAUUUCCGGCUUGGGUCGCCGCGCGCUUUUCGACUGCCUGAACACUUCAUGGAUAAACUUUACUUGAGAUUUGAUUCUAAUUUCGGGUUUGUUUGAGAAAAAUGUUGACCACGCGUAGGCUAGAAAAUAUGUUAACUUGUCUUUCUGCUUUUUUUAACAGCCGCGAAGUUCGUCUGCGUUUCAAAGCAUCAAAGAGUAAGCGGACUCUAAUUAAUAUCCACCUUCCGUGUUCUAAAGGUUCACUGAACCAUGGCAGCAAAAUCAAACGAAAACGACGGCACUGUUGUUGCGUCCAGCACGUCCAGGGGAGUCAGUGUAAGAUAUUUUUUGUAAUAAACUCACUGCUAGCUUUCAUUCAACGACAUAAUACGAUUGAGCGUAAGAUUUCACAUGAUAAACCUGAAACGUGUAGGGCAUGAUAUUAAUCGUUUCAGUGAACACAUGUACGUACCGGAACAAUUCUUAAGAUUGUCCUGUUAGAAAGGCAAGGUUAAAAUAAAAAAAGGCUUCGUUGUCAAAGAACGGAAUCAUUUAUGACUCCAAAGACUGUGGCAUAUUUUUGAAACAGUGUACGAUUUCUUUUCUGCCCUUGUGCGUGAUUUUUAAGCUGUAGGUUCUAAGCCACUGUCCCUACCCCUGUCGCUAGUGUCAAAUUACACGACUCACGCGAACUCUCGCGAGUCUAGAGUGAGAGUCUCAAAGAACUGCUCACGCUGGUUACACUUUAUCUGAAAUGAAGCUCAUAUCAAAUAAAUUAAUAGUCUUUUACUCCAGGCAAACAGGCAGCAAUUUAUCAAAUGAGAUGAAUAAACUCCCCAGUUGUGAAUCUCUUGUUUUCCUACCUACAAUGACUUCCUCAUUCAUUCUAUCAUAUAUUAUCUCCUCAAAGUUCAAUAAGUGUCCAUCAUCAUUCAAUGAUUUUUUUUCCUUUUAUAUUUGCCAAGAUUCUACAGUGUGCAGAUAACCACCCCACAAAGAAUAUUUUUGCUUACCUUUAAAGAUAUAAAUGAUAUUCUGUUUAUGCUUGGUUACAUCCCAGCUGAUUUUUUUCUUGUGGAAAAAGGCAGUUUGUCACAGAGUCAAUCUCAAACCCAAAAAAAAAUGUGAAAAUUUGAGUUAUUUAUUGACAUGGCAAAAAUUGCCAUUUCACUUGGUAAUUGCUAAUUGUGGUGUUUUGUCAAGGUCUUGUGGAUCAAUGACUUAUUUUACCUUAGCUUUUGGCUUUGGUAAAGAUUGCUAGUAAAUUAGAUUGCUACAGUAAAUUCAGACUGAAAAUAUUAAAAGCUAUGUCAUUUUUCCUUUUUAGCAUAAGAGAGCAGGAAAAUUUUCAGCUAAGAUUUUUUUGGUUCACAGGUGAGAGUAUCAUCACCAGUAAAAAGUCCAACAAAAACUAUAAAUGUGGAUGUUAAUGGUAAAGGAGCUCAUGAACCCUGCAGCACAUCCAACUGUGCAUGUGGAACACAUACUUCUCACAAACUCACGCAGCAAAGCAAACACAUUACAUGCUCUUCUCAAAACUGCUGCUGUAGCCGUGAAGUACAUGUCCCAGGAAUGGUCUACCAGCAUGUCACGCCAGCUGUAGCAAAUGUCAUGAUUGAUGCAUCCAGUUCCCCAACCCAAGACACCAAAGCCACACCCAAGCAUGGAGGAGUACACUACUGCUCAAGCUGUCCCCCUGGACCACAUACCCAUCAUGUGUACUCACCAGCCAAUUGUCAUCCCCAGCAGGCUCCAUUUAUGGAUCACGCUCACUGUGGCUGUCAACCAGGAUAUGUUGAUGGACAUUUUCAUUUUCCUCAUCAACAGACUCCACCAAGACCUGUUACAGUCAUGGCACAUCCACCACCUUUACUGCUUAGACCUGUUCAGCCUCAGCAUAUGCAACAACAUCAGGUAAACAUGGUAUCACAAUACUUAUUUCAUUAGAUUCAAGUAAAUCUACAGAUUUAUUUACUUCUAUAUGUUCAUUUAAAUUGUAGUUUGCUUAUUUUUAAAAAUUGUGGUUUUUGAUUUGAACAGACUAAGAUUUCAGUGCUAGAUCAAAAUUAUCAUCUAGAACUUUUCCAAUUACAUGUAACAAAUCAGGUUUACAUUUAGAAAGAACCAAUUUCAACAAUGCUUUUUUUCAGAGUUAAUAUUUCACACACAGAGAAGAAACAAAGCUUUAGGUGGUUUGGCAUUUUGGAUGGAAUAAAUUCCUUACAUAACCCUCUGACCCCUAAGAGUGACUAGUUUCUAAUUUCUCCUUAUAAUAUCAGCCUUGAUUCAAACAUUAAGGUCACGAGAAUACAAGAUCACCAAGUUGAAAAGCUUCUGAUUGUGAAACAUAUUCUCCUUAUCGGCACCUUCAAGAAAUGUAUAAAGAACAGUAUGGAGAAUAUGCAUACUGACGUUAGGGUGGAAAGGGUUAAAGGAGAGUGUAAUUUGUUUUUUGCAAGUGUGGGGAAAAGAAUAAAUUUGACUCUCCACAAGGAGAUGAACCUAAAACUUUGCAUUUUAUACUGCAAUGUGCUAGCACUGAGCUAAAGUGAACUUGAUGGUUAACAAGGCCAUUAUAGAAUACAAAUUGUACAGUUAUAGGCUUAUACCUGGUGACAACUUAUAUCAGAAAUAUCUAACUUGUCACCCAAAAUUUGAUGUUUAUAUGACUCAUUGGACACAACUCCUUCAUUUUUUCCAUAGGCAAUUCUUGAGCAGGAACUCCGCCCCUAUUUUGAUGGGAAAUGGAAAGGUCUAGGAGAUCCCCAUUUGUCAAACUUUGGUAAGUCACCAUUUCUGUUCUUAAAAUUUAGUAUCUACUUAUUCUUAAUAGAGCACUAAAAUCCAAUUACACCAAUCUAGAAUUUAGUGCAAAGAAUUAAUUGUUGUAGUAAUAUGUUUUAUAUGUCAAACACAUCCCACAAAAUUGUUUUGACAGAAAGCUUAUAGAAAAAUAUUUUCUUGAGUGGUCCUGUUGGUAAGAAAGUGCAUAUGCUUCUUCAAACAUGUUGUACAUGUACGAUUAAAGUAGGGUAGUGGUUUCUUGAGCUGAUUUCAGGUACCCUAUGGAAAAGGAUGAGCAAAUUCUGUCAUUUGUAAAAUUAAGAGGAUCUAUUACAGUUGAAUGACUGAGUAAUACUCAGAGGGUCAAGAUCAAGUGUAAUUUUAGAAACUUUUUUUCUUUUGUAUGAUCUAUACUACAACUGGAGGUUUUAUCUGUUAGAGUUUUGACAUUCUACAUUUAAUGUACAUGUAUGCUGUAUUACUAUAUACAUUUUCAGUGCAAAGGAUAUGGGUUGAUUGACCCAAGGGUAAGAGUGAUAGAUGCAGUAUGGACCUCCGUGUGUAGCAUUCCCUUAACACAAUUUGUCAGGCACUAUUCCGAUCAACCCCUUUCCCUCUCCCUUUGCAGUGAAUUGUGAAUGAAUACUUGAGAAUGAUGUAACUUCUUUCUCCUGCUACAGGUGGACGACCCCAACCAUCAGAUGGAUCUGUGUGAGUUUAUAUUUUAUAAUAUUUCACAAUUAAUAUUAAAUUGAUCAUCCCUUUAACCCCUAAGGGUUACCAUAGUCUAAUUUCUCCUCACAUUUUUGCCAUUGAAUCAAACCGUUAGGUCAUGAGAAGGGAGGAAAUGAUCAUUUGCAUGAGAAGUUAUUGAGUGUUGAACAAAUUCUCCUUCUCAUUAUCAUCAAAAACAUGUAGAGAACAGUGUGGAGAAUAUACACACUGAUAUCAGGAUUUAAAAGGUUACUAAUGAUAAGUAUCAGUGACCUUUGAGUGAAAGACAAUGUUUACUGUACAAUUAUAACAUUGCAGUUAGAGAUUAUAAUAUUUCAUCAUCAGAAUUUUAUAGAAUUGCCUUCAUACUGCUCACUAAAAUUUUAAUUUCAAACUUCAUGGUAGAAAGAAAGAAAAGCUAUUAGCGUGCAUAAAAAUAUAUGAUACCAUUAGACUAACUAUCUUUCAUAGAGAAAGAUUACAGUAUUAUAUUUUAAAGGCUCUUACUGCAAGGCCAAUGAUACUUAUCUGCUUUCUCUUUUACCCAAUGCAGGGCAAGUGCCAACUCAUUUAUUGGUGAAUCCCAACCAGGUAAACUAUGUUUACAAAUAAAUCAUAAGUGAUAAAGUUGAAAAAUAAUCAAAUAUGAUUCAUUACGUGAUAGUGCUAUGGUUAACGUUCAAAGUGAAAAGGAAUAUUAAUCUUAUUCAACAACCAGUAGAAGACUUCAAAAAAACUUUUGAGUUCACUUAAAACAUGUGAACUGAUUUAUAAAGUUACUGUAAAACAAACUUUUUACUGUUCUCCCAAGUGGGUUAUUACCCUGAUAAACUGAUAGAGAGUGUAAUCUAUUGCUUUACUAUUCAGGAACUGGAGACUUGAUGUCAUACAUUGUACAUACAAUUUGCUGCCAAUUUUUUUACCUUUGAAUUGGUCAGUUCAACUUAAGGGCUAUUUUCUUAUACAGGAAAGUUUCAUUUAAAUAAAUGUCUUGAUUGUUUCAUUUAACAGCUCAGCACCAUCCACUGUUUCAUCGCAAUAUCUGCCAGUGGCCAGGUUGUGAAGCUUUUUGUGAGAAUUUCCAACAGUUUUUGCAGUAAGUCUAAUAUUUCUGAUGGUUUCAUUGCAUGUUAAUAAUAUCUUACAUGUGCCUUAUCUAUCUGUUGUUGAAUUAAUUUAUUUAUGAUCUUUUAAAUGUAUCUUCAUGUUGGUAAAAAGUAUGAUUUUUUUUCAAUUUUUUAUACACAAGAGAUGAUAACAUAUUGAUUCCAUCAGUUGAUUUGAAUAAAAUCAAUUAAAAAGGAAACAUUUGUUAGAAAAAGUGAUGCGGAAGGUUUUUUUUUUAUGAAUUGCAGUCACCUUAAUGCUGACCACGCCUUAGAUGAAAGGAGCACAGCUCAGGCUCGGGUACAGAUGCAAGUUGUGAUGCAUCUGGAAUUUCAGGUAUUCAACACCACUCUAAUGAUAAUUACGUCAUCAGUCACUUGCGAUUUAAGGAUUAAGCAUAAGGAAGCCAAAAAAAUGCAAAUGAACAGCAUUCUCUUUGUUCAAAGUUAAAUUAAUUGUACCUUGUUAAACAAGCAAUGAUGCUGCCAUACAUCAAACUAACGGUCAAACAGUUCACAGUUAUUUAGUGUUUUUUAAUCAAAUUUAAAGCAGUGCACGUGAUUGUAUUCACUGAGACUUUUUUUCGCUUGCUUUAUAUAAACGUAGAUAGCUAAGUUAGGAAUGUGACCUAUUAUUACCUUUAAAAAACGCUUUUCAACUGCCCAGUAGUCUGGCCUGGCAAUUGCAAACUUAGCUGCAGUUUCAAAUGUUUAUUGCAGAUGAACAAAGAACGUGAGAGGUUGUCAGCGAUGAUGAACCAUUUACAUACUCCCAAGGUACAACUAUUAGCUCUAUUUUUCUUUGGAGCAAAACUAAAAAAGGGCUUAACGUCAUUCCGCAAAGUUAGAUUGCGAAAGAUUUAGCUUAUGGUUUUCCUAAUACGUGGUGGCUCAAUGAACAAAGGUUGAGAGAGAUUGUUUUGACUUGAAGAGAUAGAGACAUUCAUUUGUUAUUUCUUAAAUCUUCUUUUUCUUCUUCUUCUUUUUUUUCUUCUUCUUCUUCUUGUUCUUUUCUUUUUGUUUUUGUUCUUCUUUUUAUUCUUCUUUUUGUUCUUUUUGUUCUUUUUUUCUUCUUCUUCUUGUUCUUCAUCCUCUUGUUGUUGUUGUUCUUCUUUUUCUUCUUCUUCUUUUCCUUCUUCUUUUCAUUCUUCUUUUCUUCUUUUUGUUCUUCUUUUCCUUCUUUUUCUUUUUCUUCUUCUUCUUCUUCUUUUUCUCCUUCUUUUUCUUCUUCUUCUUCUUUUCCUUCUUUAUCUUUUCCUUCUUCUCCUUUUUCUUCUUCUUCUUUUCCUUCUUUUUCUUCUUCUUCUUCUUCUUCUCCUUCUUUUUCUUCUUCUUCUUCUUCUUUUUCUUCUUUUUCUUCUUCUUCUUUUUCUUCUUUUUCUUCUUUUUCUUCUUCUUCUUUUCCUUCUUUUUCUUCUUCUUCUUCUUCUUCUUCUUUUUCUUCUUCUUCUUCUUCUUCUUUUUCUUCUUCUUCUUCUUCUUCUUUUUCUUCUUCUUCUUCUUCUUCUUCUUCUUUUUCUUCUUCUUCUUUUCCUCCUUUUUCUUUUUGUUCUUCUUUUUCUUCUUUUUCUUCUUCUUUUUCUUCUUCUUUUUGUUCUUCUUUUUCUUCUUUUUCUUCUUCUUUUUCUUCUUCUUCUCUUCGUUCUUGUUGUUGUUGUUGUUCUUCGUUUUUUUCUUCUCCUUCUUCUUCUUCUUUUUUUUGAUGUUGUUGUUCUUUUUCUUCUUCUUCUUCUUUAAUUCCUUUAUUUUCUUCAAUUUUUGUCAAGUUUGCAAGGCAAGAAAAAACACGAAGUGACCUUAGAGAGCGAUUACUAUUAUUAGAAACCUUUUAUAGUCAUUCUAAAUACUGAAAGUAAUAUUUUUGGAAUCUAAAGAAACUGAAAGUGUUACUUUGGUACACUGUCAACAAGCAACUCAAACACUUAGUUGACUCAGGUUGGUAAGGUCAAAUGAGCAUAAAUCUUUGGACACUUUGCUCCGACGAAAACUGAGCAAUGAAGCUCGAACUUCAGUUUUUCGAAAUUCGUGACAGGUCCUGAUUUAUUAGCUAGGGUAAAAUAUUUGAAACAUAUAUGGGAGUUUUAACUAGCGUCAUGUGAAGAAUGCCAGGGUGAUGUAUCUGUGUAAAUAAACACACUCUUUCAUACCAGAUAGAAGCGUGUAGGAGGUCAUAUACACUCUCGGACCCUCGUCAGCCGAGCCCUUUACUGAGUAAAUGCGUAUGCCAUUAUAGGUCACCCAACACACUCCAAACACAAACUCAGAUCUGGAAGAAGAGAGUCACCAACAAGUGCCUCACUCCCAAGCUCAAACUCUGCUUCAUGUCACUCACCCACCCCCUCCUCAGCAUCCUCACAUGACGUCCCUAGAAGAUACUCCGCCGGCGGAGCAUUCUCCUACCCUUCAGGGUAGACAGGAGAUUCCUAUGUCACCGGAAAGCCCACCAACGAUGGGAAGUCAUCCUCUUAGCCCGCCACCCAACAUGGCAGCAGUGCAUGAAAUGACCAGUCCAAGUGACCUCACUGUUGUACAGACACCAACUAUUCACAUGCUGGAAGAUAAACAAAUUCGCAUGAAGAAAAGAACUGGAGAUCCUGACGGAAUAGCCUUGGGUAAGUUCGUUUGCAAAGUCUCCGUUUGCUAAUCAUAGGUCGUCAGGAAAGCUCUGGGUAACUUCUGGGUUCUGUCAUUCUUUGUCAACGAAUUUCCUAGCGCCGAACUGGCUUUUGAUAUUCCAUGUCGUAAAAGAGCGAGGGAAACAGUUGUUUUGUUAAGAAAAAGGGUUGAAAAUCUCAUAAUCUACCGUCAAUGGUCCAUGAGUUCGUGAAAUGUAUGCUGACCUUUUUGUUUCCUAGAUAUUCAGCGAUCAGCGGAUUUCUAUCAGAAGGCAGAUGUAAGACCCCCGUUCACAUAUGCGUCAUUGAUAAGACAGGUAAAUUGUAGCUAUUGCCACAACGAGAUAACUAUAAGUAGCAACAUUUAAGACAAAAAAUACUAAACCCAAAUUCUCAUAAAGUGAAUUUUGGACUCUAGUGGUAUGCCUAGAUUAUUUUGUGAAUUUAUUUCAGCUACGAAUGUCUAAUUAAGGGCCUAUAAUUACAUAAAUUUUCCCUUCAAUUCAAUGCUCAGCAAAUCAGACAGGUAAUGAGAAUUUGUGAAUUAUCCUGUUCAGUCGUGCGUUCUUGUUUGGAUUUGACACCAAAUCCUUAAGAGAAGCCAAUAAAAAUUACCGAUAUACAUGGAGGAAAUUUACCUUCAUAUAUUGGCAGUUACAUGUAACGGUUGUAUAAAUAAAGUGUUCCCUGCUGUAAGAAUAAUUAAGAUAUUGACCGCUUCACUUUGCUUACCAUAGGCCAUUUUAGACGCUCCCGAACAGCAACUUACAUUGAAUGAAAUCUACUCCUGGUUCAUUCACAAGUUUGCUUACUUCCGGAGGAACGCUGCCACAUGGAAGGUAGGUUUCACCUUCAAACCCUUUUUUUUACGUUUUCUCUAAAAAAGGAAAAACUUGACAUGUCACAAGAACCUGACGAAGGCUGUAACCUUUACUUAAUUUCAGUAGAAUGUGCAAAAAUAUUCAUGUCCGUUGGCGAGAAAGAUCUCAACAUAUUUGACGAAAGUUUCUCGGUCGCUCCCUUUCAGCCCCGCUGCCUCCCAAACCUGGCGAUGCCUUAAUUCCUGUAGACUUGCUGCCUUCAGUGAUUCUUUCAGUCGUCGAAGCUUCAGAAAUAUACUUAGUUAACGUAAAAUGCUGCAUCAUUUUGACAACCACAUUUUGGGGUGUGACUUUUACUCUCUAUUGCAAUGCUUCACACUCUAUGAAAACUGUAUGGGGAUAUUUGAUACCAGCUGCAGGCUAAAAAUUGUGCAAAUAGGCGUGUUUUCUUACUAAAACUGACACGUGAUACAUCAACAGAACGCAGUCCGUCAUAACUUGUCCCUUCACAAAUGCUUCAUGAGAAGAGAGAACGUAAAAGGAGCCGUGUGGAUUGUGGAUGAAGAUGAAUACAUGAAACGGCGGCCACAGUCCAAAGUCAUUCAUAGCACCUCGUAAGUGUAUUUUUUAUAUUGAUUUGAUAUAAAUAGCGAUGAACAUAGGGCAAUAUAUCCAUCUAAUUCACUAACAUAUCACACGGAGUUGUUUCUGACUACCCUAAAGACUCUGAAGUCGUCCACAUUUCUGGAGAUGAGAUGAGGUUUUCAGCUAAAUUUAACUUGCAAAACGACUGCAAAUUGUAGUUGAUUUUGUUAUUUAUGUUAUAAAGAAAGCUACAUUUUUGUUUGGCAUACAACGCAGUGUGUCAUAAACAACUAUAUAACAUUUAUCUUUUUGAGUACUUGACUUUAAGGGAACUACUUAACAACUCUGAAGGUAAUUUUACCCUCAAAAUUUCAUUCAGCAAGCUUAAAAAAUAUUUUGCGAUCCAUAAAGAUAGUUGUAAGAAUAAACUCGAGAUGAAGAAUGGCUGAGGAUAGAAAAGAAAAUAACGGAUUAUUAAUGACAAUCUUGAAAAAUUUUACUGAACAUUUCCCAUAACAGCAGAAUGAUGAAACAGGAGCGAGACCGGAUGAUGCAACAGGGUGCCCUAGGGGGACUCCCCACACAAGUCAACUUGCUUCCCGUGGGUCCAUCUGGUUCCAAUAAUGCCAGCGAGGAUGAAGGCUCCAGUCAAGAAGAUAGUCGUAAAAGAGGAUCGGAUUCAGACACCGGUGAUGAAAUGCCUCCUCAGAAACGCGCGGAUAUAAGGGAUGGAGAGGAAGUGGAGGGCGUGGUCGGUGGUAUCACAAAACUCGUAGAGUUUUGCUCUAAAGACAUCAAGUAAGAACCAGGAUAUGGUUGUAUUUCUGUUAAUGCUUGCUGUGUUGACCUCAAAUCGGUAGGGAUUUCCGGGAAGAAGUGUUGAAUUGGCAAAAUUUAAACUUCCCAUCUUUAAUCUGCCGCUCAUGUCAUCUGCUAUUUGCUUGCAAAGGGGUUAUUAGUUGACCUUUACUGCCCGGAUUGUAAAUGGGAAAUUCCAAAUGAUUUUAAAAGGCUAAUAAACGAUAGUCAAGCCGGGGAUUAAGAACAAUUAUUCUGAAAAAAUCUCUCCUUGCUGAUAAAACCAGGACGUUAGCAUUUGUGGGCUUUCAAACCUAUUAAGAUGUCUUUUAUAGAUUAAUUUCUUGAUUUUAUCCAAUUCUAUUUGAUUGCUUUCAGAAAUUAGAUACAUUAGUUGUGCUUAUGGAAUAAGGAAUGCACGAGGAGUUCAUGACGAAUUUUCUCCUAAAUCUUUUUACUUUUUUUGAUUGAGCGAUUGAUUUUAUUUUUUACAGCAGCCAAUUGUCUCAGUCCCAAGUACAAGUGAAGCUAGAGCCUCCAGAAGACGGACCAAUCGUAGCACUGAACGGCGACGCUGACUCUGGAGAUGAUCAUUACGAUUCCAAUGGAAUGAACGGGGACAGCGUAAUGGAGACUGGGGUGAGGGAGGAUGAAGUUAGGCAGCGGUAA